UUUCCAUUCUCUCUCCUCCCUCUUUCAGUGCAAAUCGAUGACUCUCCUCCUCCUUCACCAACAAUGAAAAAACCAAAAGAAAAAGAAAAAUCAAAAUCAAAAUUUAAAACCCUUCCUCUACUUCCGAGAUUCGUUUCUUUUCUCUAGGGUGUUUUUUCCCUUUCUACUUUCUUUCCGCCUUUUUUUUUUUUUUUUUUUCCUUCCUGUAAUUUAUUUUUGUCAUUAAUUCUUUAGGGCUUAUUCCCUCCCUCACUGUGCUCCUCGAUCUCUCUUCCUUCCCAUUUAAGAUUAGCUCCGCCUCCUGUUUCUUGGAUUCCUUCAAAAAGUUCUAUAUGGGAUUCCAAGGAUAUCUCGUCGUCAAAAUCUAGGGUUUUUCCGUGGUUUCUCUUUUAAUAUGUGGCUUUGUGUUUACUGGGUCGACUUUAGUAUCAAUUAAAUAGAUCUCCCUUUUGUCUAGAAUCUUGGUCUUUUUUAUCUGAAUUUGAAUUGGGUCUCUCUUUUUUAAGUUGGAAAUUGUCGUUCAUGGCUUACCAGCCGGUGCCUGGUCCGGGCUCGGGAUCGAGUUCGGGUUCUGGGUAUCAGUUCUUGAACUCCCCCUUCGGUGAUACUACCUAUACGAAGGUGUUUGUUGGAGGACUAGCCUGGGAGACGCAGAGCGAGACUAUGCGACGGUAUUUCGAGCAGUUUGGUGAGAUUCUAGAGGCUGUCGUGAUCACCGAUAAGAAUACCGGUCGAUCAAAAGGCUAUGGUUUUGUGACUUUUCGUAACCCUGAGGCUGCUAGCAGAGCCUGCGCUGAUCCGGCUCCAAUUAUUGAUGGCAGGCGGGCAAAUUGUAAUUUGGCUUCACUUGGGCGGCCUCGGCCUUCUAUGCCUUAUGGACGUUUGAGACCAGCAGCCCCAUAUUCUGGAAAUGUGCAAGUUUCUCGAGGGGCUUACGUUGGAAGUUUUGGCUACCAACAUCCACUCUCUUAUGGCUACCAGCAUGGGUUAAUGUAUCCUCCUUAUGGGUAUCAAUCAUAUGGACCUGAAUAUGUCUAUCCACAGGGUGUUUACAACCCUUAUGCUGGUCAGCAUUACCUUCAGAUUUAUGGUGUACCUGGGACAGUUAAUACUGGAGUUUAUCCUUAUGGGCAAUUGGGUCAAACUAUUCCUGGUGGUCAUGGUUAUACGGCAGUGACCAGUUAUCCUGUGCCAGGUCACCAGGUAGUACAGUUUGGUGGACCUAGUGUUAAUACAAUGACAACUUCACCUAUGCCUACUAUUCAAUCACCGUAUCCCACAGGUAUGGCAGCACCUGUUGCAGCACAACCACAAUUUAUAGUUCCUGCUCCUUCUCCUCAGUAUAUGCAAGGUAGCGGUUCAGACCAAACGGCUGGGUGAGGGGCUGAUCAAGGUAUCCUUAGAUUGCAGCAGGACUAAGAGCAGCGGAACUGCUACUUGAGUGGCGGGCUUCGGAUCUAGCCUUGCAAAUUAUAUAUUUUGCAUUCUAGAGGUCAUACAUAGUCAUGCUCACCAGAGAAGUCAAAUGUUGAGUCGCUCCAGAUGGUGGAGAAAGGAUUUGGAAGAUGCGGGCUGCUCUUCCUUUGGAUUAUUUUUCCCUAGUGUACUUAAAACCCACAUGUAAUGUCUCUGCUCAAGUUGAGUAGGCAGUCAUGGCUUGAUGGGUGCUGGAAUCGGUUUCUAGCAGCCACGUAGGAAUAAACCUGUGUAAAAAUCAUCCUCAUUUAGAAUCAACAUAUGAUUCUUUUGUAGUCUAGUCCCUGCAUUUUGGGUGUAUAGAUAGUCUCUGGUGUUCUGUUUGGUGUUGGGUCCAUUGUAUUAAAAUGUGAUUCGAGUUCUGUGCAUAUUAGUGCUAGGAUUAUUUUAUUUUAUUUUAUUUCUUUUUGUUGAAAAUUCAACUCCUGCAUCUUGGAUGAUUUUGAGAGCCUGGCUUCAAAACAUGGAAGCUGCAGGUAUCUAUCCUAUUUAAGAAGAAUUCUUGUGUGUUUCCUAA